GCUGAUCAGUCAUCUAUAGCUUUUACAAUUUUCUUCUCCUCCUCCUUUUUUAGGGUUUUAGAGAGUGAAGGAGAAGAAUGGGAGCCAGGAGUUUGGUGGUUCUUCUCUUCCUGAUGUUCAUCCUCUCUUUUUCUUCUGCCUAUCAGGGCAAGAAGAAGCAAUACAAACCAUGUAAGCAAAUGGUCUUGUAUUUCCAUGAUGUUAUCUACAAUGGCCAAAAUGCAGCUAAUGCCACUUCUGCAAUUGUGGGUGCACCCCAAUGGGGAAACCUUACCAUCUUGGCAGAUAAGUUCCAUUUUGGCAAUGUGGUGGUUUUUGAUGACCCCAUUACUCUUGAUAACAACUUCCACUCCAAACCAGUUGGUAGAGCACAAGGAAUGUACAUAUAUGACACCAAAAACACCUUCACUUCUUGGCUGGGGUUCACAUUUGUUCUCAACAGCACAGACUUUCAGGGCACCUUGAACUUCAUGGGAGCUGACCCCAUUAUGGUGAAGACCAGGGACAUUACUGUGGUGAGUGGGACAGGAGACUUCUUCAUGCAUAGGGGAAUUGCCACUAUUAUGACUGAUGCAUUUGAAGGUGAAGUAUAUUUCAGGCUUAGGGUUGAUAUUAAGUUGUAUGAGUGCUGGUGAAGAUAGGGAAAAACUAUGAAAGAAUAAGGAGUGUGUGGUUUAUUUCAUUAUGAAUGUAACUGAUGAUCAGCAUAUGCUUAGUGAAUAAAGGUUUUCAACUUCUCAUUUAAUUUCUCA